AUUGGUCACUGAUAUGAAACAAAACCAAACUAGAAUCUUUGACAAAAAUCGAACCUUUAAAACUCAGAUUUUAUCUCUCUUCAGUCUCCACGCUGCUUGAAACUGAAGCAGAGAAGCAAAGAGAUGUCUUUUGAGGAGUUUACGCCGUUAAACGAGAAGUCUCUUGUAGACUACAUCAAGUCAACACCUGCUCUCUCUUCCAAGAUCGGAGCCGACAAGUCCGAUGAUGAUUUGGUUAUCAAAGAAGUUGGAGAUGGCAAUCUCAAUUUCGUUUUCAUCGUUGUUGGAUCCUCUGGUUCUCUUGUCAUCAAACAGGCUCUUCCAUAUAUUCGCUGUAUCGGUGAAUCAUGGCCAAUGACGAAAGAAAGAGCUUAUUUUGAAGCAACAACUUUGAGAAAGCAUGGAAAUUUAUCACCUGAUCAUGUUCCUGAAGUCUACCAUUUUGACAGAACAAUGGCGUUGAUUGGAAUGAGAUACCUUGAGCCUCCUCAUAUCAUUCUCCGCAAAGGACUCAUUGCUGGGAUUGAGUAUCCUUUCCUCGCAGACCACAUGUCUGAUUACAUGGCGAAGACUCUCUUCUUCACUUCUCUCCUCUAUCACGAUACCACAGAGCACAGAAGAGCAGUAACCGAAUUUUGUGGUAAUGUGGAGUUAUGCCGAUUAACGGAGCAAGUUGUGUUUUCGGACCCAUAUAGAGUUUCCACAUUUAAUCGUUGGACUUCACCUUAUCUUGAUGAUGAUGCUAAGGCUGUGCGCGAAGACAGUGCCUUGAAGCUCGAAAUCGCAGAGCUAAAAUCGAUGUUCUGUGAAAGAGCUCAAGCUUUAAUACAUGGUGAUCUUCAUACUGGUUCUGUCAUGGUUACUCAAGAUUCAACGCAAGUUAUAGAUCCAGAGUUUUCGUUCUAUGGACCGAUGGGUUUCGAUAUUGGCGCUUAUCUUGGUAACUUGAUACUAGCUUUCUUUGCACAAGAUGGACACGCCACUCAGGAAAAUGAUCGAAAAGAAUACAAGCAGUGGAUCUUGAGAACCAUUGAGCAAACUUGGAAUUUGUUUAACAAAAGGUUCAUUGCGCUAUGGGAUCAAAACAAAGAUGGACCAGGCGAAGCAUACCUUGCAGAUAUCUAUAACAAUACCGAGGUUUUGAAGUUUGUUCAAGAAAACUACAUGAGGAAUUUGUUGCAUGACUCACUCGGAUUCGGCGCUGCAAAGAUGAUUAGGAGAAUUGUGGGAGUGGCACAUGUUGAGGACUUUGAAUCAAUCGAAGAAGAUAAGCGAAGAGCUAUUUGCGAGAGAAGUGCACUCGAGUUUGCGAAGAUGCUUCUCAAGGAAAGGAGAAAGUUUAAGAGUAUCGGUGAAGUUGUUUCAGCAAUUCAACAACAAAGCUAAGACAAUUUAUAAUGUUCUUCUGCUGAAGUUCUUGAAAGUCUUGUUUUGAUCUUGGGAGUUAAUUGGCAAGAAAAGUAUCACAAUGCUGCUUAUCACAUGGAUUUGUAAUUUAGUGGUUUGUGGUGGUGAUGAUGGUAUUCAAAUGCAUUUUGUUACAAUAAUAAUAAUAAAAGUUUAGAAAUAUUUUCACUUUUGAAGAUUAUCUACUUAUCUUUAUGAGAUUUGACUUCCACAAUCUCUACUGGUUCACUGUUGGUGUGACUGGUGAGUGGUGACAAGAUGGCAGAGGACCAUAAAUCAGCACCGUUAGUAUUCGCCACGUGUACGGUCCAAGCUAGUGGAACAAGACAUAAACCAUUGCUUCUCAACUCUUUCACUUUCAUCGUCGGGUUUACUUCUCCGGUGUCUUCGUCGUCCUGACGACACAUCAACUAUUCAUCAGU